AUACAAGAGAACAAGCGACACAUGACAGUACUUGCGCUUCACUGCUAUUACACGAAGAAAUUAAAGGUGUAACUAAAGCGAACAUUUGAAUUAAAAUUACGGAUGAAAUGUUCCAGAUAGUGUCAAAGUUAUCCAGGAAAGCUUUUGAUUUUAACAUGCUAUACAGAUGAUGGAAAAGCACGCCAAUAAAUCUGUGACUUUUCAGACUAGCAUGAGUGCAAUACAAAUAUUUUUUCUGAGUAAGAAUGACCAGGUGUAACAAAAUCAAAACAUUGCUCUUAAGGAGAAAAUGUAGAUCUGCAUCGCUUCUCAUUCUGCUCAUUUUGGCAGCUUAUUCAGUUUACUAUUUAUGUAGUGACCAUCUUAGUACUGCAGCUUUUCUUGAAUUGCACAAAUGCCCAGCUUGUUAUGGAGUCUCGUACUGCGACCACCUGCUCGAAAAGAGGGUCAUUCCAAAAUCAUGGUCAGGGACUGGACUUUCCAACCUUAUCAAUGUAAAAAAUGUAUUCUUUGCACGGCAUAGUCACAGAUGGGUAGUCCUGAAAAAACUGGGUCACGACAAAGAGCUUACAACUCUUGACAGAAAGCUCUGCUCUCUGGCCAACAAAACCACGAGUAGCUGUGAAGUUAACAAGUUGCAUCUCGAGCCACUAUUUACAACUCAUUUACGCAGUAAGAAAUUCUUACUAGAACUGGUCACUGGGAUAUCGGAUUUGACCAGGUGUCCAUCAAAAAGACUUGUGGAUCUGAUAUUGAAUAGAUACUCUGAGAGAUAUCUCGUUGGACAGGACGUCCAGAAGAGAUGGACACCAGAGAGAAUAAUGGUGCUGCUGACCACCCUGGCUGCUAAUCCAGAGCCUGUGAUAAUGCAGGUAUUCCAUCAAGACAAUGGUUGGCCAUUUCCAAGAUAUUACGGUGCUUGUGGGCGUAUGGUUGUGGAACAGUAUGUCGGGAAAUCAUUAGGAGAUUACUAUGUUUCACCUUGGAGGACCAGGGUUGGACUUGCUUACCAGCUAUUCCAAAUAGCAGACCUGCUGACCAACAACAAGGGGAACUGGUCACUCUACUGGACAGAUGUCAGCUAUGAUAAUAUUGCAGUUGACCCUGAUGGAAGGGUAGUGGUGGUAGAUCUGGAGAAUAUCAUAGUGGUGGACAAACUGAAAAUUAUACAAGAUCGACCACCAGAGUGGGACAAAGUACUAACAAGCACCUUUGAUGAAUGCAUUCCGAAUCACAACUGUCUUUCUUUCUCGCCAGACAGCCUUUGCACGCGUCUGGUGGCGGACCACAAUUACUACGCAGUUUGUCAUGGCAUUUUAUCCAGCUACGCCGAUGACGAAGGUCGCCCUGGGGGGCUUCUACACAGCAUGCCAGAUAUCAUUAAAACCACUUGGGGACUGGACAAAUUAUUAGAUGAAUGCGCAAAACCAUCCUCUGAACAAACUAGCAGGUUAAAGAUUAAAGAUCAGCUCCUCACAGUACUUGCUGAAUUAGCUGGAGUAAAUGGUUGA